CCAACUUAUAUCAAGGAGGAAUCGGUCUCAUUGGAAGAAACAAAUGUUGCUGAAGCUGCCAUUUAUACAAUCAAUAGAGAUAUACAAAUGGACUUUACAUCAAAGUGUGAAUCAGCAUCAACUGAAAAACAAAUUCUCAUAAGCAAUAAUAUUUAUACAGGCACAGACCAUACAGAGGCAGAAUAUCUCCCUAACCUUAUUAAGGAAGAAUCUGUGUCAUGUGAAGCCAGCAUUCUCACCAGCUCCGAGGUUUAUACACCCACAGGAGAUAAACAUAUAGACUAUACAUCAAAUAAUGAAUCCCCAUCACAUAAACAAGGAAAUCUCAGAGAAUCUGGCAUUUAUACACCCAGAGAAUAUACACAGACAGAGUAUCUAUCUACUCAUGUUAAAGAAGAAUCCGAAAUCUCAGAUGGAAAACUCACCACCUUAGACCUUCUUACCCCCACUCAUCAUACUGAAACACAAAACAAAGGAAAUAGUAACUGCUUUGAUGGUGCUAAGGUUUCAUCUACCAAUUCAGAGCUUGUUAAACCUAAGCGUGUCAACAAAGGCAAUGCAUUGACCAGUACAGAUUACAUUGGACAUGAGUGUUUUAAGCAGAAACCACAUUUUAUCACACAUAAGAGAACUCCCAAAGAGAAUAGAAUUUCUUGUUCUGAAUGUGGGAAAUGUUUUGCUCACAAGUCAAAUCUUAAGAAACAUCAGAGGAUUCACACAGGAGAGAAACCAUUUUCUUGUUCUGAAUGCGAGAAAUGUUUUUCUUGCAAGUCAAAUCUUAAAACUCAUCUAAAGAGUCACACAGGAGAGAAACCAUUUUCUUGUUCUCAAUGCGAGAAAUGUUUUUCGCGCAAGUCAACUCUUAAGAAACAUCAGAUGAUUCACACAGGAGAGAAACCAUAUACCUGUUGUGAAUGUGGGAAACGCUUUUCUCAAAUGUCAAAUCUUCUGAGGCAUAUGAAGAUUCAUUCAGCAAAUUUAUACAAAACUAAAGUAAAAAAGAAAAUAUUACACAACUCUUAAUCAAUUCAAGCUAAAUAUCUUUACAUAGGGAAAGUUACCAGUUAUGAUGUCUCAACAAAUUGUCUUUCUUAAAGGAGCACUCCAGGCUAAUAAAAAGUGUUGGAUAUACAGAAAGCCUGUUUAGAUUUGUUCCCCCCACCCCUCUACCACAAUACUGCUAAAUAAAACGGUUCUUUCUGGCCAAUCCAGUGACUGUCAGAAACACUGGGAGACUUGAUGCAAAUAGAGCCAUCACCUCACUGUGUCUGCAAUGCUUGUCUAUAGGAAACCCUCACCACAAACAUAAAUUAAUAAAUAGAAUGGAGAUAUGA